UUAAAAAAAAAAAAGGAAGGGAAGAAACCAACGGAAAGAUGAUAGAAAGCGAAGCAACAGGGGGAAAGGUAACGAUGCAUUCAGCACAGACGACGUGCUGAAGGAUCUGCCACUACCGCACAUCCACGACGUCGUUCCGCUCCAAUCCGGAUGUAAUUAAGAUCCAUUUAAGUCAGUCAAAGUCAUGUUUGAAAGUCCUACGACGAUCCAAUCUUCUCACAGUCCUCAUCUUCGGAAACCAGGAGGCAAAGCUGUUUUUUCUGACCUAGGCGCAGGAGAACCUGGAAAUAGUGUUCAAGAAGGUUACGUGUUUCCGUUGGUGCUAGGUGAAAUGAAGGGUGCAAAUUCACCUUUGCAUGCCGCGGCGAUAAUGCCUUCUCCUACCUUUCUAUGGAGAUUUAAGGUCAUAUUGUUUUUGAUAUGGGGCUUCACUUGUUGCAAGAUUGGAUGGGACUCAGUCAUGAGAAUGAGCGCAGACCUGCGAGACUUAUUCUUGUAUGAGGCUUUCCUAUAUUAUAACCCUUUCCUUCUCGUGACAAUGAUGGUUUGGCUAUGGGGAGUGUGUUUAUGGGUCUUCUCACAGAGUAGUGUUAAUUAUGCCAAAAUAUUUGAUCUGGAUCAAAACCAUCUCACCCACAGAGAAAUAUGGAAGUGUAGCAUAUGGAUGACAAUUAUAGUUCCAACUAGCAUGACAGCAUACCUUUAUCUCUACUCCCAUGGAGAAGUGUCAUUGGCAGCAUCACAACCAGUGAUCCUGUAUGUUGCUGUUGCUUUGGUUUUGGUAUUCCCCUUCGAUAUUUUCUAUUUGUCAUCUCGUUACUUCUUGCUAAGAACACUCUGGCAGAUAGCCCUCCCACUGCAGCCAAUUUCAUUUCCUGACUUCUUCUUGGCUGACAUUCUAACCUCCAUGGCCAAGGUAUUUUCAGAUUUGGAGCGUUCAGUCUGUCGAAUGGUUCAUCGCCAGGUGGCAACAAUCGCAUGGUUUGAGGCUGACUCGGUUUGUGGUAGUCACUCAGUUGGAAUUCCACUAGUGCUUGUUAUCCCUUACAUUUGGCGGCUAAUGCAAUGCCUGCGGCAGUACAAGGACACAAAAGAGAAGGCAACCCUUUUCAAUGCUUUGAAGUAUUCGACAGCAGUCCCUGUGAUUUUUCUUUCAGCCCUUAAAUAUCAUGUCUUACCUGAUAGUUGGACAUAUAUUUACCGUCGCCUCUGGCUUUUCUCAAGUGUUGUUAACUCACUCUACUCAUUUUACUGGGACGUGACUCGUGAUUGGGACCUUAGUGUCUUCACUAGAAUUUUCAAGUUCAACAAGCCAAGUUAUUGUUCCAAUCUGUUAUAUGGCCGACAAUGGGUUUAUUUUUGGGUUAUUGGGAGCAACUUGAUUUUGCGUUGCACAUGGACAUACAAACUGUCUGCUCAUCUCCGCCACAACUACUUGACUGUCUUCAUGGUUACCGCCUUAGAGAUGCUCAGAAGGUUCCAAUGGAUUUUCUUUCGAGUAGAAAAUGAGUGGAAUAAAAUCACCAAGUCCGGCUUUCAGCUUCCCAUGACUGACAUCCCAAGAGAGGAUGAAAAAUUACUAGGCUCAACCAAUCACAAUGUAUAGAUUACACAGAGUCUCUGGCUUCAAGUUAGCAUCAAAUUAAAUUCAUUCUUUGCUGAUACCACAUAUAAUUUCAGCCUUAAAAGCAGUUAGCUGCAUUUUGGUUGCCCCCUAUUACAGUUGGACAAUAGGUUGGAUUUUCAUACCUUACAGUUUGUUGGGGACCAGUUUUGAUUUGCGAACGCGGCCUAGAUGUAUAACCUUGACUAAACAUUAUAUCAUAUUGGAGAUUUAGAAGUUACUCUAGAUUUGAACUA